AACAAAGGAUUCGCGCUGGAAUCUCGCUCGGCGCCGGGACCUAAAAUGGCGCCGGCGCGCCCGCCCCCGCCCCUUCCGCGGGCGCCAUAGAGACGGGGCGGGCGGAGCGGCCUCCCCUCGGCGCCGCUCUGUACGCGGGCGCAGCCCCGGCUCGCUGGUGCGGGCGGGAAGGCGCUGCCGCGGCAUGGCGGGCGAGGGCGACUCUGAGCCGGGGAAGUCCUUUAAACUCCUGGGAUUUCUCGAUGUUAAAAAUAUCCCAUGUGCACGAGAAUCAGUGCUCUAUGGCUCCUUGGGGGCUUUAGUUAUGGGUCUUGGACAUUUUUUAGCAACUAGUAGAGUUAAAAGAUCUUGUGAUGUUGCAGUUGGUAGUUAUAUUUGCACAAUGUUAGGAUACUGGUUUUACUGCAGGUACAACUUGGCCCAGCAAAGGAUCCGGCAAAGAAUGCUUAAAGAAGGAAUGAAAAACAGAAUUUUAUUUGAAGGCAGUUAUCUUGAUCCAGAAAAGAAACAAACCAGCAGUGAAAGAAGCGAUUCAUAGGCUGCUCCGGAAGAGUUGUGGUUUCAUACAUCUUUGGGAGAAGGUGGUCCAAAAAAAAGUCAGUCGACACUGCAAGCCUGUGAGCUGUCUAAAACUGGUAAAUCAUGGUUUUCCUAGCAAAUCUGAGCAGGAAAUUCAUAGUGAAUCUGUUAAGUCGGUACAAGCCUUGCUUUGUUUCAUGUAUGUAUGUAUGUGACUGCACACAUUUGGAAUGACGUCCUGUUAAACAUCUGGGAGCUGGUGUGUUCUUUUCAGGGUCUUGGAGGAUUAAAGACAGUGAUUUGGGACUGCUUUAACUUCCAUUAUAAACAGAGUGUGGUUUGUUUUAGUAAAGUUGUAAUUACAUCUCAUUUAAAUUCAGGAAAAUAUUUCCAUCACCUGUUGAGUAAAUGUGUCCUUCAGUGCUAUUAUUAACAGUACUGUUUGUGAAACAGGAAUAUUUGAACAGUAGGAGAAGGCUUUGCUUGUGCAAAGUGGGUGAUAGUCAGCAGCCUUUGUAAGAUUUCAGCUGCAGGAUAACCAGAUAGCUUACAUACAUUGUGAAGCUGAAGGAUUUCCAUCUUUGUUCUGUUUGAAACUAUGAAUAAAAUCACACUUCAGAGCAGUCUAAACUAUGUAAUUAAAUAAUUUUUUUACUUCAUUAAAAAUCUUGCGAUUUAA